AUGCAGAGCAUCGGAGGGAAUACAGGCUCGCAGAGCAGCAGCCCUUCCACCGCCUCAGCGCAACCAGGAUCUCCUUUCAAUCCUGAUUCGAUAACGAGAAGCAGCGCUCCUAGUGUGACGACGACAAGCAGCACUUCUAGUGGGACUGUGGCAAGUGUCCAAGACGCGACUGGACAAAUUGCUUCCCAGAGUACUACUCCCAGCUCGCCAAACGUUAGUUCGAGUAACGGCAGUUCGAGUAACAUUGGAGGUAUUGUCGGCGGCACGAUCGGGGGUCUGCUGUUUGGGCUUGUUGUCGGCAUGUUGUUCAUGUUUUGCUGGGCGAGGCGGCGGGCAGCAAAAGCCAGCCUCUCCAGCAGACGAGCUGGAAAGAUCUCUCCUGAGAAGAAUGGGACUGACAGGUCAACUCUCCAGGCGUACGAGAGCCCUUCGGAUCCUGCAAGAUGGCUGGUUUACCUCCCCCAGCCGUCUGACGAUACUGAGUUGAAGCAUCAGGUAAAGACAAUGUAUAAUCAGAUCGACCUGCACGUGGAGAACUUUUACACAGACAGAGAUGGUGGACUACUGACAGAAGCGGUGCAAUCGAUUCUCGCUCGCUAUGAGACAGAUCUGCUCCCAGCGCCAGUGGCUACCAUUAUGGCGUCGACAAGCAGUAAGAAAGCGGUCAUCAAGCAUUGCCUGACUUGCACCAUUGUUUCAAGGAUAGAUGCUGUCCGGCCAAUACCGCAGUCAUUCCUCCCUUCCGAGAUUGCAGCUCUACCGGCACUCCUGGCUAAGAAUGCCGACGUAGAACACGUCUCAAGGAAGAAAGGUAUGCAUUCCCUCAACCUCGCCAACCACAUCGUCUCUUUGUCUAGUGAGAGUUGGCUGACCGAAAAUGAUCCAGUCUUCGAUGAGGCAUACUCGACCUGGCGGGUACUCACUGCGUAUAUCCGACCCUCGGCAGCCUCCCUCACACCAACGCAGGAAGCUUCCGUGACCUCCGAGGCAGCCAACUUCACAGAAGCAUUUGGUCCUUGGUCCAAGUCAAGAGGCAACGCUGCUCAAAAGGCCAAUCUCGAAGAGAUCAUGCGAAAUGCUAUUGGGGUCGGAACUCUGCUGUUCUCCCAGCCCAGCGUGUGCGAGUUCCGGUGGAUCCAAACAUCAAAGAGGCAUGCUAACUCGGCGACAUUCUACAUCACACCGGCACUGUUGAGGACCUCAGAUGCCAGUGGACAUGCCCUGUCAUCUCCACAUACCCUGCUAAAGGCGGCAAAAAACAACGAUUAG